AUGAAACGGUCCAAUAUAAAGCGGCACUUCGACACACGCCAUGCUACGUUUGCAUUGAAAUAUCCGGUGGGGGACAGCAGGAAGAAGGCCUACCAAGAGCUAAUGUGCAGUGUGCAAGCUAGUCAACAGCAACUCCGUGUGUGGACCCAGCAAGGUGAUUGGAAUUCCGCUAGCUUUGCUGGUUCUUUAGCAAUAGUGAGGAACGGAAAGCCUUUCACUGAUGGCGAGUAUGCCAAAACAUUCAUACUUGACGUCACCAAUGAACUUUUUGAUGACUUUUCGGAUAAAGAUAAGAUAAUCAGACGAAUCAAAGACAUGCCUCUGUCAGCAAAAACUGUUCACGAUCGUACCAUCAUGAUAGCAAAUCAAGUGGAGGAAACACAAGUGAAGGAUAUAAAUGCAGCGCCAUUAUUUUCCCUCGCUUUGGAUGAGUCAACAGACGUAAGCCACUUAUCCCAGUUCAGCAUCAUUGCCAGGUAUGCUGUCGGUGACACACUCCGUGAGGAAAGUCUGGCUGUUUUGCCAAUGAAAGGGACUACAAGAGGGGAGGAUUUAUUCAAGUCUUUCAUCGAGUUUGCUGAUGAAAAAAAGCUACCGAUGGAUAAACUUAUUUCGGUGUGUACUGAUGGCGCUCCUUGUAUGGUGGGGAAAAACAAAGGAUUUGUAGCGCUUCUUCGUGAACAUGAAAAUAGACCCAUCUUACGUUUUCAUUGCAUUCUACAUCAGGAGGCGCUUUGUGCUCAAAUGUGUGGCGAGCAGCUUGGUGAGGUGAUGUUGCUGGUCAUUCAGGUGGUCAACUUCAUUGCUGCCCGAGCAUUAAAUGGUCGCCAAUUUAAAACACUGCUGGAUGAAGUUGGGAAUAGUUAUCCCGGUCUGCUUUUGCACAGCAAUGUGGGUUGGCUGUCGAGAGGGAAGGUGCUCAGCCGUUUUGCGGCUUGCCUGAGAAAAAUCCGAACUUUUCUCGAAAUGAAAAAUGUUGAGCAUCCUGAGCUAGCCAACCCCGAGUGGCUCCUGAAGUUCUUCUAUCUUGUUGACAUGACUGAACAUCUGAACCAGCUCAAUGUUAAAAUGCAAGGUGUUGGAAACACAGUCUUAACUAUUCAGCAAGCAGUGUUUGCAUUUGAAAACAAACUGGAACUCUUCAUUAAGGACAUUGAAACGGAUCGUUUACUCCACUUCGAAAAACUGCGAGAAUUUAAAGAUGUAUGCGCAGCAAGUGACCCCACUCAACAUCUUGAUAUCCAGCAGCUGGCUGGCUUCACAUCUGAUCUCCUGCAGUCAUUCAAAGCUCGCUUUGGAGAAUUUCGUGAGCAUACUCGUCUUUUUAAGUUCAUCACUCAUCCACACGAGAGGGAAGUGGACAAAGCCGACCUGAUUUACAUUCCCGGUGUCUCCAUCAGAGAUUUUGAGAUCGAAGUUGCUGAUCUGAAGGCCUCAGAAAUGUGGGUAAAUAAGUUCAAGACACUUAAUGAAGACUUGGAGGGACUUCAAAGCCAUUAG